GUCGCUGGAUUGACCCGCCCACUGGACGCUGAUUGGCCGCCGCGCCUGUCAAUCAUCAGCUGAGGUUGCGCCUGUUAUCCAGCAGAUUAUGAAGCAGCAGUGAGUGUUCAGCAUCAUCUCUGGCACUCAUCUGGAUGGAUACAUGGCAUCAACGUGGCGUCCGAUGUCUCUUGCGUUAUUUUACUUUGUUUUCCUGCAGAUAUCUUCGUCUUAUGAGCAUCUGUCUGCCUUUGUGGAAGGAAGCUCAGAUGAUGCACCAGCCCAAGACAUCGGCAUUCAAGAGAACGCCGAUGGCUCGGUGUUCGUGUCUGAAGCGCGCCUCAGACGGACGCUGCAGCCGUACGGAUGGCAGCUUCACGCUCCUCCUCGCAGAAAGUUGCUUCAGUCUCCAGGAUUGUUGCCGUAUUCUCCUCUGAGUGUGACUUACAACGGCAAGACCUGUAUCCUCUUCAGGGCCCGCAAACUGGCCAUCCGGUACAGGAAUCACAGUUUAGUGGACCUCACCGAGAGAACCUUUAGCCCAGACGCGCCGGUGGACACCAAAGGCUCCUUCUGCAGUAAAGACAAAGCCAUACUCAAUCUACGGUUUGGCGACGUGGAAGAUCUCAGAGGCCUCUCCAUCAGGCUACAGAUGUCAAACACGUUCUACGAGUCUGCGGGACAGAACUGGUUCACUCUGGAUAACGUUCACAUCCAUUACAACUGGACGAACGAGGCCACGUUCAACGCCACAGAUGUGUACGCGCCGUCCACUAACUCCUACCACUGCCAGCACGUCAGCAGCCUCCAGAAGUACGACACGCUGCUGGUUCCCAGUGCCAACACCGACCACGCCGCAAACUGGCACAUCACCUUCACAGACUUCCAGAUCCAGGCGUUUAAUGUUCUGUCCAGUAAGUUUGCGUCGGCCAGCGACUGCGAGACGUUCUUCACUCCCGCGAUCCUGAUGGGUCUGAUCACGUCUCUGAUCCUCCUGCUGGUGCUCGCGUACGCGCUGCACAUGGUGGUUCACCUCAAGCACAUCGACCGCUACGAAGAGCACAAGACCACCGUCUACUUCCCUCGCAGCACAGAAGCGGAGAGCACAGACAAGAACAACCUCUAGGGCCCCGGAGAGAGAGAGACACACACUUCUGUGACUCUGAGCCAGAGAGAGAGAGAGAGAGAAAAUCAGCGGACGGGACUCUAGAUCCCAUCCGAACGGGAGCCAGGGAUCUUCGGGACUGACUGCACCACGGCAGUGACAUCAUUGUGGUGGGACAGUGGAAGUCCGAAUCAGUUCCUUCAGGAGCUUCACAGGUUUAGCACACAGAGGACUGGGAGACAUCGACCAGUUCUCCAGCAAUUAAACAUCCAGCGUCAGGUUUCACGAGCGCUCAUUUCUGAGAGAGAUCUUCAGAUGUUUGAAUGCAAUUCGAAAUAGCACAAUAAUCAAUAUAUCUUACAUUUGCAUCGUCUGUCUUAGCUUCUGUUUGACUGCUGAGGACCAGUUUAACUUCAAUACUGAUGCGCCUUUAAAGUCAACAUUGAAACCAGUUUACCUUUGUAAUAGGAGACAUGUGCACAAAUGCAUGCAGUUGAUGGCGCAGAUCAACAGAAGGAAAUCAAGGAACAUGAGUUAAAAAAAUUAUUUCAUGUUGACUUUGAAGUUUUAAACAAACCGUUAUGAUAGUGUAUUAUAGUUUUAAUUUGACUAUCAAUGAAAACAGGAAUGCAUUUCCCCGCCUUGAUUAGAGAAAAAAAACACUCGAAUAAUUAAUAAAAAAUACUGCGAAUACAGUGUUUAACCAGCAAAUAUUUUGACACUUUUUCCUUGAGGAGUUGCAAAAAUCAAAAAUUAAUUACUGAUGUUAUUUUGAGAAGAUGUAUUUUUUACAAUUCUUGUGUUAUUAUGGUAUUUUUUGUGUAGAUUGUAUGUUAUAUCUGGUUUUUGUAAUUUCUUAUUUAAAUUUUUCCCGUCUUUUGUGUAUGAUUUAAUGCUGAGCCUUUGGAGAGUGGCUUCUUAUAACUAUUGAAGCAAAACAAUGGAAGCAACAUGACGUCUGUUGUGUAGUGAACAUGCUGCAUGCCAGUGGCUAGAGACAUUUCACAACCAGAAUAAUCAGAUGGUUUGCAUUGUACCAUGUACUGUAUAUUGCUAACAAUCAUAAUGUGCUAAAUAAGGGAAAAUAUGUUUUUUUUUUCAUGUACACAUGUAUUUGGGAACAUAAUAAUAGCUUAACUUUGUUCAGCAGACAUUUAUGCAGAUAAAUUGGAGAUGUGAAAUGGGCUAUGAUGUAUUAAUAUUUGAUUAUUAUUGUCCUCUCAAUCGAGUUCAAUAAAACCAGCAGCACAGUUGCGUUUCAAAAUGA